UUGCAGGAAGAGGCCAAACAAGAUCCGCACUCUUCUAGAGGUUUAGAAUUGCUAAAGAAGUAUGAUGCUGCAGUGAAGAUUUACCAAGCCGCUGUACAGGCUGAGGCAGCUGCUAAGAAGGAAAGGGAUGAUAAACGGGCUUUGGAAGAAGGAACACAGGAUGGCAGCAAAGAACAUUAUAUCGCUGGUUGGGAGCGCUGUAAGGCACAAGGAACUAUGAUUGAAAAGAUUGAACAAAGAUAUGCUGCUCAGUUGGCGAGAGAUUUGUGCUACGCANUAAGGAAAGUGUUUUGUAGUCGUAUAAAAGAAGAAUCCAAUGGUAAGGGCCUUCGCAAUGCUCGGUAUUUAGCCUUUGCAGCGUUGAAUAAAUGGGAGCAGGAAGAUGAUCGUGUUGCCUGGGAUAAGGCCAAACCAAAGUACGACUACGCACUAGCCAAGUGGAAUGAAUUCAAACCCAAGGGAGAACAAUAUGCGGAAGAGUUGGAGGAAACAAUAAGUAAAUGUUCGAAACAAUAUUUA